UUUGUGUUGAUUAUUCGGCGGUCACUUCAGUGACUCGUCGGAAUGACGGCAGGAAGAAACUUUACAAACAGACUUUUGUCGGAUAGACCCCUCAGGUCAGACAGUGCCUUUGGAAUGAGGAACAGCUAAACCCGCGACUCGGUGAUCUUUCCCGAGGACCCACCGAGUUGCAGGCUGACAGGGCGGCGAGGAACGCUCUCUCCGUCAGGGCGGCGACAACAAGUGAUCACUUUUGAAGGCCGAACGCAAGGUUUCUCAGCAUUUUGGGGGCCACGUCCAUGGGUCCCUCAAAGAUGCCGCGCAGGCGUUCGGUGGCAUGUCUGUGAUAACAUCCCACCUCACAGAAGAAGACUUGAAACUUGUGUUUGAAGUUCUUGGUGAAAUCAAACUACACCUUCUCUAUAAAGCCAGUGUCCAUGGGUUUGAUAAGUCCUUCUAUACUAAAUGCUCUCAGCAGGGACCAACAUUAACUGUAGGUUAUGCAGACUCAGAUUGCAUUUUUGGAGGUUACAUUACCAAGGACAUCAGUUAUUCUGCAAUAGACAAUAAAGCUUUCCUCUUCCUAAUAACUAACAAAGGGCCAAAAAGAGUGCUUUAUAAGUUUGAUGUACAUCCAGGUGCCAAGGCCUUUUCGUAUAAUUCAAGGGAAGGCGUCAGUUUUGGGGAUAGCAUUGUGUUCUUGAUCAAUUACAAGCCCUGUAUGAAGAUCAGCACUGGCCAGUCCUACAACCUGAAUCAUACUGGUCCAUUUUACUUUGAUGAACUAAUCACUCUCACCGAAUUAGAAACUUACAGAGUGGAAGAGUUAAAGGUCCCCUUGAGGAAAAUAGAUUGGUCACCAAGGAAAAGAAGUGAACUAAUUGACUUCGUCAGGACAUACAAGCCAAAGCCAUUCCUAAACUCGAGCACUCGGCCAACAGUUUUACUCAUUGGACCACUAGGAGCAGGAAAAUCCAGUUUCAUCAACUCUAUGGACUCGGUUUUCCAUGAUUAUGUGACCAAUCGGGCUUCGGCUGGAAAUACCACCACCAAAUUUUCAAAGUACGCCUUCCAAGCAGGAAAAGUGACAGCAAGCCUAAUCCUCUGUGAUACAUUGGGCCUUGCGAAAGAUGGAGAAUUUGGGAUUUCUGAUGAAGAGAUUGUCAACAUUCUUAAAGGAUUAAUUCCCAACCAACAUCAGUUCAAUUCACCUUCAAAAAUUGAAUGCAAUGAAAACAGUCCCACUGGUCCAACUGUGCACUGUGUUGCCUAUGUCGUCGAUGGAAGCCAAUCUCCCAUCCUUUCCUUUCCAAUGAGAAAAAGAAUGCUUGACAUUCAGUCAGAAAUUAAAAAGCUGGGCAUACCGCAGAUCGUUUUACUAACAAAGGUGGAUAAAGCGUGCACUUUAGUUGCAAAAGAUUUGAAAUAUGUUUAUCGGAGUGAACACAUUACCAAUAAGAUAAUGGAAGUCGGAGAACAACUCAGAAUCCCAAUUUCCUGCAUAGUCCCUGUCAAUAACUAUUGGUUCUCUCAUGAGCUGGAUUGUGCGACUGAUGUUCUAAUACUCUACGCAAUCGUGCUGAUGUUGCAGUCUGUCGAUACCUAUUUUGAGAACAUGGCUAGUUUAUCUUUAGCAUGAUGCAAUUUUGGGUGAUGGUCAAGUUCAAUGUAAAUUUUAUUAUCCAAGUACAUAUAUGUCUGAGGUGAAUUUUCUUGUGGGCAUACUCAAUGAAUCUAUAGAACAGUAACUACAACAGAAUCAACGAAAGACCUCGGAAUUACAUCUAUCACAAACAGGAUUUAUAUGGCAAUAAAAACGAGCUGACUUACCCUUGGACACGAGCCCUGUGAACCACCUUAAAUUUUGUCGAGGCGUGUCUAGCACACAUUGAGGAUGUAUUGACUAAUUGAAGAAUUUUUUCCCAUUUCUCUGUAGAUAAAGAUAUUUGAAGUUCUCUUUCCCACUCAUACUUAAUUUUGUCAGAUGUACCUAGACGUAUUUUCGUAAUCAGAUCAUAAAUAAUUGCUAUUAAACUCUUCUGAUAGGGGUUUAAACCUAGAAUUUUUUCUGUAACUUCAAUUUGAUGCAAUAUCGGAGAGGUAAUUAAAGUAGUGUUCGAAAAGAUAUUUUUGAUAUUAUUUCAGUAGUUCUGCGUAUUGAUUUACAACCUCAUCCUAUUAUUGCAAUCUUUGGACUACCAGUGAUAGACUCUAGUCGUUUAUCCUUGUCAGCUUGUCGUCUAAUUGCAUUUGUUACAUUAAUAGCCAGAAGAUCCAUUUUAUUUAAAUGGAAAGAUUCUAAUCCCCCCACUACAUUCCAGUGGUUUUGCCAAACAAUAGCAUGCCUAAACUUGGAAAAAAUUGGGAGUGAUACUAUGGAUCCUUCGGUUAAAUGUGAAGAAACUUGGAGGCCAUUUAUUCACUAUUUUCAUAUGAUGUAAGUUGACUCUUUCUGAAUCCUUAUGUAGUAAUUUUUUUUGUUCAUGUAUAGAGGAGUGGAGUUAAUGACAAAUAAUAAUUUUAGCUGAUAUAAUAUGACAGCCCAGCUUCGUUUGCUUUUUCUUUAGUUUAGUUUUUUUAGUUUUCUUUCUCUCUCUUUAUAAAAUAUCAUUUUCAUGGUCAGUUACCAUGAGAUGGGGAGGCUAAACGAUAUUUGUUACUUGGAAUCUGUGCUUGUACGUGUUAACUGUUAUUAUUGUAAUCCCAAUCUCUAUGUAUCAUUACUAUUAUUGUUAUGUUUAAUUUUGAAGCAUAAUAAAAAGAUUGAAAAAGAAAGAAUCAACGAAAGACUGCCUAAAUAGGGCUUUCAACCAGCGUGCAGAGAACAAGCUGUGAAAAUGCAAAAAGAAGAAACGAUAAUAUCAAUAAAUAAGCAAUAAAUAUUGAGAGAGAUGAAGAUCUUUGAGUUGAUUUAAAAGUCCUUUGCUUGGAGAGAAAUUACAUGCUGCAGAUUGCAGUGAGAGUAAUUCAAAAGAGGUUUAUCUAAAAGAAUUUUCGGAACAAUUUUCUGCUGCCCACAGAUCAUCACUGAAUAGUUUCAGCUUGAGUCUAUAUUGGCUUAAAUGCUCCUAACAGUCCCCUGCAAUUCUGUGAUGCUAAUAUCCUGUGCAAAUUUAAAGAACUGCUUAAGGACUCACAGUUGUUCAUAAGACUAGACACUGGCAUCCAACCGAGGAUGAAUUAGACUAACUGCAAAUGUAACAGAGCUUUCUUUUAUCUGCUGCUGUUAGUAUACACUUCGUCUAUUCGAAAUUUUUGCAGGUUUAUCUGCUGUGACUAUUAAAUCUCUGAACACUAAACUUAAAGCAAUGUAGAAAAAA